UGGGCAUGCUCAGUCGCGCGGGCAGAGCUCCGGGCGCGAGCCGGGCUUCUUCUGCACCACAUUCAUCGGCUGCCAAGGGGAGCCACCGGGCGCUCGCAGGCUCGGCGAGCGCUGCCCGCGGGAGGACCCGGCCGCCGCACCCCCGCCGCUGCCCCAUCGCCUCCAGGAGCCAUGGCCAGCCUCGGCCAUCCCGCCGCCUUUGGUCGGGCCACCCACGCGGUGGUGCGGGCGCCGCCCGAGUCCCUCAGCCAGCACGCGCUGAGGCGCGCCAAGGGCGAGGAGGUGGAUUUCGCCCGCGCGGAGCGGCAGCACCAGCUCUACGUGGGUGUGCUGGGCAGCAAGCUGGGGCUGCAGGUGGUGGAGCUGCCGGCCGACGAGAGCCUCCCGGACUGCGUGUUCGUGGAGGACGUGGCCGUGGUGUGCGAGGAGACGGCCCUUAUCACUCGACCCGGGGCGCCGAGCCGGAGGAAGGAGGUUGACAUGAUGAGAGAAGCAUUAGAAAAACUUCAGCUUAAUAUAGUAGAGAUGAAGGAUGAAAACGCAACCUUAGAUGGUGGAGAUGUCUUAUUCACAGGCAGAGAAUUUUUUGUGGGCCUUUCCAAAAGGACAAAUCAACGAGGUGCUGAAAUCUUGGCUGAUACUUUUAAGGAUUACGCAGUCUCCACAGUCCCUGUAUCUGAUGCUUUGCAUUUGAAGAGUUUCUGCAGCAUGGCUGGGCCUAACCUGAUUGCAAUCGGGUCUAGUGAAGCUGCGCAGAAGGCCCUCAAGAUUAUGCAGCAGAUGAGUGACCACCGCUAUGACAAGCUCACUGUGCCUAAUGACAUGGCUGCAAACUGUAUAUAUCUAAAUAUCCCCAGCAAAGGGCAUGUCUUGCUGCACCGAACCCCAGAAGAGUAUCCAGAAAGUGCAAAGGUUUAUGAGAAACUGAAGGACCAUCUGCUGAUCCCCGUGAGCCAAUCUGAACUGGAAAAGGUGGACGGGUUGCUCACCUGCUGCUCGGUUUUAAUUAACAAGAAGGUAGAUUCCUGAGCUGCAGAGCCCCUCCCGGUAGCCGGCAAGAUGCCCAGGCCAGCCGAUGACUCUGUACCCACUCCCUUGUUUUCCUUGACAAUCUACUGUGCCACUGUGCUACUAACUCUUGUUUACAGAAAUUUAAUUCCAAGUUUAAUUGCUUCAUUUUCUGCACCUUUGCCCUCCUUCCCCUCACGGUGGUACCUAAGCUGUGGAUUUGCUAAAUGAAUUAAGUAACCUAGAAAAUAUAGAACUAAUGAAUCAUUGAAAUGUGAUUAAUAGUAGUAUGGAAACACUCAUUUUAGUGUUUGUAUUAUCUGUGUGAAAAUCGUUUAGUUACAACCUUUUCCGAAGAAUGUCUUCUUGAUCAGUCAGAUAAGCUAGGUCUUUCUCUGCCUCAUGAAUCACAUUUGAUUCCUGUGAAAUUCCCUGGCCAGUGGAUUCUCCCUGUUUCCCUCUUUUGUUCUUCUGGACUCCAAAAACCAUUUUUCCAGGUACUUUUUUUGCUUCUAUCACCACCCCUUGACCUUGGGUAAAAUCUGAGACCUUGCAUCUGGAUACAUUUCUACAGGUCCACCCUGUUGGCCAUCGGUUGUCUCUGCCUCACGGACAUGUCUUCUGUCACCACCAGCCCUCCCUUCCCUGGGGGCUAAACAGGCUCAUCAGCAGAGUAGUGCCAAAAUCAGAGUGGCUGUUUGGGGAGUGUUAACUGCACAUCCCAAUGGGGUUUGCCUCAGAGACCUAAAUUCUAAAUGAAGUAGGGCACCACACCUAGGAAGCUGAAUUUGGCCCCAGAUGGUUGCUACAGAACCAUAGAUCAAGAAGCUUGGAAACACCCCAUGAGUACGACUUAUAAAGUCUCUAAGUCACAGUCCAUGAAUUUUUUUUUUUUUUUUCUUCAUUACUGGUCGCGUAGGACCUGGAGGGAAGUCUUACUCUUCCCUUUAGCUUAUUUCUGUUUCCCCCAACCCAUUCUCACCUUACUUGUAGCCUUCUGCCCCUUGCGUUUAUUCUCGUUUAGCAAUAUCAUUUCUUUUGAAAGAGACAUCGCAUCUAAAAAUGAUUAUCGAUGGUCUCCUGUGAGCCAAAGGGAGUAGCCCCCCCAUGGUCGAGGAGCAUGUUCGGGAAAUGAUGGGUUUGGUGCCUGGAACCACCCUCCGACAAUGGAUGGUUCUACUUUAAAAUAUCCGUGAUUGUUUGCUGUGGAAUUCAAACUUCUUUCUUCUCUAGCACCUUCAAAUUACACAACUUUCAACUGAGAAGGGUCUUAUACAGAACAAUGCCACAGUGAAGGAAGAGAUCCUUCUUUUACUUCAAACUGAAUCAGGCCUGGGAAAUGGUACUUUCCAAGGAAUGCUGACUGAUCCAGGCAUGUUAACGCGCUUCCUAGUCGUUGCCACCUUCCUGUGCUGCCUGUGGCUCAUUGUUUAAGAUUCAAAAUCAGGGAGGUAUAUUACUUCAGAUCUGUUCACCUCUGCCUUUGUAAUCAAAAGUCCUUAAGUCAGUGACCAAGAGAGAAUUACCUUCACUCAUCUCAUUCCCCCUCAACAGAUGGAGGUGAGAAACCCCUGGAAAAAUUGAGAUAUCCUUAACCACUAUUGGUCUUCUUGGUUUAUUUGAUGGUUUUAUGCCAGAAACUUGAAGAAAUUCCUCUCUUUCUUUUUCCUAGUGCUUAACUUUAACAUUCACAUCAUACACCAGUGUUAUCUUAACCAUGUGCAUCCUGUGAAUGAACCAUGUCUUGGUCACUAUCAUAUUUUGAAACAUCUCAUCAUGGGUGAAUAAUAUGUUUAUACCAGAGAGAAUGAAUGUUAGCCACAUGCCCAAGUUAAUAAAGAAAAAUUGUUCUCAGCAAUUAUGGUUGCCCUUUUGGGUUAAAUCUGGCCCUACACUGGCAAAAAAAAACAGAAAUUCUCCCUGGGAGAGCUCACCAGCUCAAAAACAACCACAGGAAAAACAACCCAAUCAGCCAGUUUAGGCUAACUGGCAUAUAAUUUUCAAUAGCAUUCCUUCUAUCAUCCCAAAUUAAAGAACUGUUCUCUAUUAUGUUUAGUCGAUUGCAAGUGAAUAGAUUCUCCUUUGUAACAAUUUGUUCUGCCGAAGGCAGUUUGUCAUCUUCCCCUUCCUUUGCUUCUUUCCCUCUUUUUCUCUGCUUAUCCCCAAAAGUCACUUAGAACCUCUGUGCCUCUUCUACAUCUUACUCUGAGCUGCUAUGUUACCUAUUAGGCUGGCUUCUUUGGACUCCCUAUGUAAUAUUAAGAUGUGAGAACCUAAAAGACUUUCAGUAUAAUAGUAUUACUUUGAUGUUCUCAUCAGCAUAAUAUUAUCUUUGAAAAGGAAAGAUAUCCAUGACAUAGGUUCCCCUUCUUAUCCAUUGUGAUUUAUAUGAAUGGAAAAACUAACAGAAACUGCUUUUUGACAUUAUGAAGACAUGAGGAAUUAUAUUUAAGUAACUAACAGUUGAAUCAGAAUUAUUGGGUCAGUAUGACUCAAUCUAAUAAUAGAAUGCCAUAGAGCAAAUGCAUUAUUUAGUCUAAUUUCUUCAACUGUGAUGGAUUGCUAUAGAAAUCAGCCGGCAGUCUCUCUAAUAUGUAUUGAUUUCUCUUUUAAGCUACUGUGAACAGAUUACUAAGGCCAUCUCUUCAUCUCUAAAGGGGAAAAAUAGUCUGUAAAUGAAGAAUGUGGCUUAUGUGGAGUUGCAUGUUAGUCUCUGUAAUCAUUAACUCUUCAGCAUUCUACAGAACUCACAUGAUUUCAACAUGGUGUUAGAUUUGUGCAUUUUAAUUUUCCUGCCGAUCUUGUUCCAGCCUACGUAUGGUUAUCCACUCUGUGUGCCAAAACCAGUAACGCCUUCUGUGGCCCGGUAGUCCAGAGAAGUUCUGCACUGAUUUUAGCCUCUUGCCGUCCCAAUCCUACAUGUAUACCAAUCACGAUGGAAUAAAGUGUGAGUUGUACUGUGA